AGCCAAACAGCACCUUUCUCUUGUUUUGGGAAUAACUCUAUUCCCGUUUGGUUAACAAAAGAUCGAAACCUGAAAGCUCCCUCGCAACUCACAUCGUUUUUCUUUGCUUGGCUCGCUGCUAUUCCUCGCCGUUGUUUGUUUUGUGAUGAAAUGGGGGAUGAAAAUGGUUCUUCUGUUAAUUUGGAUAGCUUGAGGGCUAACUGGAAUCCAUCUCAAGACAAAUAUUUUCUUGAGCUUUUGCUAUCUCAACUGCAGCUAGGGAACAGAAUCAGCAAAGUCAUUAGCAAACAAGCAUGGCCGGUUAUGGUUGAACAAUUUAACACCAAAUUCGGACUGAAGUAUGAUAUAGAUGCAUUGAAAAACCGUCACAAACGAUUCAGGAAGCAAUAUAAUGAUGUCAAAAUGAUUAUUGGUCAAAAUGGAUUUCGGUGGGAUCAUGAACUAAACAUGAUCAUAGCUGAUGAUAAAACAUGGGAUGAAUAUCUUAAGGUUCACCCUGAUUUUCAAGGUUUCAGAAAAAGAGUUGUUCCUUAUUAUGAUGAUCUGUGCAAAAUUUUUGGCCAUUCAGUUGCUGAUGGGAGAUACAGCCUUUCAUGUUUUGAUGUAGGCUUUGAAAAUGAAGAAAUUGCCUCAAAAGAAUUGGAUGAUCAAGCCACUGCUGGCAAAGGAGACGACGAUGAGACUGUCCCUAUCAUUUCUAGUCAAAGUAAAAUUGACUGGUCACCAAUGAUGGACCAAUUCUUUGUUGAACUUAUGCUGAACCAGAUGCAUAAAGGGAACAAGGUUGGCCGUUCGUUCAAGAAGAAAGCCUGGGUGGACAUGACAGAUUCGUUCAAUGAAAGAUUCGGAUGUCAUUGUGGUAAGGCAGUCUUGAAGAACCGUUUGAUUGUCCUCAGGAGGCAUUACUGCUCCAUAAAUGUUCUACUUAGCAAAGAAGGCUUCAGCUGGGAUAAUGUGCACCAGAAGGUCGUGGCUGAUGACCAAGUUUGGGAAAAUUGCAUCAGGGUACAUCACAACUACCGGAUAUAUAGAACUAAAAGCAUGCCUUUCUAUUCUAGUAUGUGCAUAUUAUGUCACAAUGAAGAUACUCAGCAUUGCAAACUGAAUUCUGGAGGGGGAUCUUGUGGUAGCAAGAAAUCGAUGCCAGAUACUGAACUACUCCCUAAUGCAGAUGGCACAGCAUUGCAUAUUGGUGGAGAAAAUAAUUCUACCAGAAAAUCUCAGCCUCUGCCUGAUGCAGAUAAAGAACCUUUGCAUUUAGGCAAAGGAAGAAAGGUUUCCGGUCACCAAAAGAGGCUCCAACCUAAUAUGCCCUCAAAUGAAUAUAAGAAGGCGAGAAAUGAUGACGAGGGUAUGGUGGCAGCUCUGAAACACAUGGCAGUUGCGGUUACCUCCCUAACAAAGAAAACAAAGAUAGAAGAUACCUUUUCUAUAGAUAAGGCUAUUAAGGUGCUUCAGGCUAUACCAGGCAUGGAUGAAGAUCUAAUACUAGAUGCAUGUGAAUUGUUGGAAGAUGAAAGAAGAGCAAGGAUGUUUAUGGCAUUGGAUGAUAAUUUGAGAAAGAAAUGGUUACUGAGAAAGCUUCGUUCAUAAACUAAAGUUAGUUUCAUGCAAAGCAUGCCAUAGCUUUGAAGGUUUAUAUUAACCCCCAACAAAGUUUGUAAUUAAAGGAAUUAUCUUUUGUUUAUCUUUGCAUAUUAGUCAAGUAGAGAUUAAAUUUAAAACCAUAGCUGUCUUUG